CCAGUCUACAGUCAGGACAAUAGUGAUUUCCUAUGCAGCCUUCAGGUCACCAUCUAUUCUGAAGGCAGCAGUCACAGCCAAUUGCAGCUUUUCCCGGUGUCUGACUGUGGAAUGGGCUGUCUCAUCCUCCACUUUAUCAAUGACUAUUUGAGAACAAGCCUGAUACAGAUUUUCACAAUCACUUUCCUCUGAAUAUCUUGCCGAAUCCCUCCUGCCUUCCUGCCGGCGAGAUGUUUCUCAGACGUCUCUAAGCUCCCGGAAACAGUGUGAACGCAGGCAUACAUAGCAUGCAGAUCUGCAGGUUUAUUGAAAACCGAGAGAAGAUGCUGCGACAUUGCCCAGGUGACGUACCAGGUGGCAAAGUCACCCAAGACCAUUCUUCCGGCUGCAGGCACCCACCUUCCCUUUUAACCCCGAACGAGAGCAAAGACAAGAUUCUGUCCACCGUUAACGUGCACAGGUGCGCAAGGCAGAACCGAGACAUGAAAGAAGAGCAGCAGCAGCUCAGGCGGAAGAUAAACAGCAGGGAAAGGAAGAGAAUGCAAGACCUCAACCUUGCCAUGGACGCUUUAAGAGAAGUCAUCAUGCCCUACUCUGCCACCCAUUGCCAGAGCUCUCCGGGACGAAAGCUUUCUAAGAUUGCCACCCUACUGUUGGCCAGGAACUACAUCCUACUACUGGGAAGUUCUCUCCAAGAAUUACGGAGGAUCAUUGGGGACAUGAGUGGCCCUGGACCCAGGUUGCUCCUGGCAGGCUUGCCCUUAUUUGCUGCCCCAGGAUCAGUGUUCUUCUCACCAAGUUCUGGUGGGACCCUUGGAGACCCCCAACACCCUGCCAAGUUACACUCGCUUUCCCUGGAGGAACAGCAAUGCUCAGCGUUUAGCGUACCGGGGGGGAGUAGUCUAUGUACCUGCGCCGGUUGUAGGUUCACCCACUUCAUUCCAACCAGCCUCAACAUGAAAGCCAUACAGCUAUCCAAAUAGAGCAAAAAAAAGGGGCACGAGAGCUGGUAAAAGAGGUGGACAAAACUUUGUAGUGAUGGACAUAUGUCAAAGUCAAUGAUGGAAAGACGUCGCAAGAAUUGAUUACCGAAAUGGGUGAUUAUACUACAGACCACCGCAGACCUCCAGAUGUUGCAAAACUACAACUACCAGCAUGCCCGGACAGCCGUUGGCUGUCCGGGCAUGCUGGUAGUUGUAGUUUUGCAUCAUCUGGAAGUCCACAGUUUGGAGAGCACUGCUAUUGCUAAUAUCGGUAUUGCUGUCACUAAAAAAGAAAUGUUUAUAUUCUUUAUAUACCACGUAAAUUCUUUGGACUUUUCAAAACCUCUGCUUGCUGUCACCUAAUGGGAACCUUCCUGUUUACUUCUAGCGCAUAUCUGUUCUCUACUAGUGUUGCCCGCGAAUAUUCGCAAUGCGAAUUUUAUUCGCCAAUGGGCGAUAUCCGCGAAUAAAAUUCGCAUUGCGAAUAUUCGUGAGCAACACAAUAUCCGCGACUAUUGCACUAUAUAUUCGCAAUGAUGAAUAUUCGUUUUAUUUAUUUAUUUUUUUCACAGUACACAUCACAGUGAUCAUCCCUCUCUGCUUCCAGCUUGUGUGGUGUAAAGAAGGCACUGAUACUACUGUGUGAGACUGGCGUGUGAAUUUUCGCAUAUGCGAAUUUUUCGCAUAUGCGAAAAUAAAACGUGAGUAUUACGAAUAUGCGAAUUUAGCGAAUAGAUGAUGAAUAUUUGUCCAUAUAUUCGCAAAAUAUCGCGAAUUCGAAUAUGGCCUAUGCCGCUCAACACUAUUCUCUACCCUCAGUGCCCCAAAUGAUGCUUCUCUUGGUGCAUGGCAUAACAUGACAGGGGAAUUGGGUAAAAGCAGGUAGGUAGGUCCUCAGUGGGUAGGGAAUUCCUCCGCAUCAGGUAGAUCCCCCAGUAGGUAGGAAAUUUACCCCCAUUGGUAGAUGGUAAAUAAUUCCCACCCCCAUUAUGUAGAUGCCCCCAGUAGGUAGGCAUUUUGUCUAUUGGGUAGAAGCCCCCAGUAGGUAGGUAAUUACCCUAUUUGGAAGAACCCCCAUUGUCAUGUGAUGGACAACUCAAGCUGUUGAAUGUCAGCAAGCAGAGAUCUUGAAAACAGUAAGUAAUGGAUACAAACAAUAUAUUGGAAAAUUGUUUGACUUCUUAUAAUACAAAGAAUAACCUUUAGUUGCUUA